UACGAACCGAAGUAAGUGGGUCUUCGCCAUGCAGCGCAUUUUACUAUUCAUAUUUUCUUGGUGUCUGAUAAAUUAUGUGAAUAUUAUUUGGACCAGCCCUUGUAAAACCACCACUAGGAGAGUUAUACCAUAUCAGGUUAAGGAGUGCACACAAUGGUUUAUAUGGUGUACCUACUAUGCCCAGGUGACGCGAUACAGGGUAACCUACACAGAGACUUGUUGCCCUGGAUACGGAGGGAGUAACUGUCAACCUAUCUGUAACGGAAAUUGUCGAGGACGAGGUACGUGUAUUCGUCCCGACACGUGCAGCUGUCAAGGGGGUUAUACGGGGAAUGCCUGCCAAACACCUGUAUGUAGUCCUAAGUGUCAACACGGAUCCUGUACUCGACCUGGUGUCUGUACAUGCUACGGGGGCUACACUGGACAACGCUGUGAAAACCCCGUAUGUAAUCCAGCUUGUCUGAAUGGAGGUGUCUGCGAGAGUCCCAAUACUUGUCGCUGUCCAUCACGUCGAUACACGGGUCCCAACUGCAAUAUCCCCGUUUGUGACCCCCCAUGCUUAAAUGGGGGGACUUGUUCAAAUUUAAGGAGAUGCCAGUGCCCCAGUACCUACACAGGGAGUACAUGUCAAACACCCGUAUGUAAUCCAGCUUGUCUGAAUGGAGGUGUCUGCGAGAGUCCCAAUACUUGUCGCUGUCCAUCACGUCGAUACACAGGUCCCAACUGCAAUAUCCCCGUUUGUGACCCCCCAUGCUUAAAUGGGGGAACUUGUUCAAAUUCAAGGAGAUGCCAGUGCCCCAGUACCUACACAGGGAGUACAUGUCAAACACCUGUUUGUCAGUCACAAUGCCAGAAUGGCGGUACGUGCGUAUCCCCGGAUGUGUGUGUAUGCCAAAGUACACAUACAGGACAUAGUUGUGAGACGCCUGUAUGCUCCCACCAAUCACCCUGCUUUCCUGGCACGUGUGCUGACUAUGUUAACUGUCAGUGUCAUAAAGGAUUUACUGGACAGGAUGGAAAGCAACGCUGCAAAACAAAUAUAAUUGUUCUCCCAAGGUGACAAAAUACGUCACAAACAUGUAAUACUUAU